AAGGACAUUUGUGAGCACUUGAAAGAUUGCUGAUAUCCCCUCACAGAGAAGAUCAAGUCCUCCAAAGACAGACAGAGCAUCCAUCAUGCUGCUGCUCCUCUUCUUGUUCGGCCUGGCUCUGGCUGCUCCACCUACUUUAGAAGAACCUGAUAUGCUGGUACAGCGUGGAGGCUGUCCCGAGUUCUGGUUCAGCUUCAACGACCGCUGCUACAAUUACGUCGCCACUCCUAAGACCUGGAUUGAUGCAGAGCUCUACUGUGUGUCACAGAGAGCCAACCUGGUGUCCAUCCACAGCCAGGAGGAGCAGGCUUUUGUCAAAAGCCUUAUCAAAAACCAUGACCCUACUCAGAAACCAGCCUGGAUUGGACUCAGUGACAUCCACAGCAGUGGAGGACGCUGGUCAGAUGGGACAGCAGUCAACUUUACGUUUUGGUGUCCAAACGAGCCAAACAAUCUUGGAGGAAAUGAGAACUGUGCACACAUGAACUGGUGCAGUCUCUUGAGAUGGAAUGACAUAUCUUGCGGCAACAAUUACGCUUUUGUUUGUGCAACCCGCAUUUGUUAAUAGAGAAGAUGUUGAAUCUACUCUAAGCAGGGAUUGCUUAAGUACACACAUUCAUCUGUGCCUCUGUAUGUUCACAGGCAAGUCAAGCAAUGUGUAUCCUCACAAAUAUCUGCUGCUUGUAUAGCAGAUCAAAGAAAAUUCUUUAGAAUUAUUGAAAUUAUCUGUGUUUGUAAUCUUAGUAGGCUGAACUGAAUAAAUCAUGCUGAAAUCAA